AUGAAUCCCAACCCCCAGAAUUCACUUCCCUCGAUCGAAACCGAGCGCUCACGCCGAGAAGCGAGAAAUGUACGCCACAACACCGUAUCGACAAUUUCAUCCAAGUCAAACCCAUUCGCGUCUUCCGAACUUGGCGACGAGAUCCAGCUUGAGGACUUCUCAUAUAUCAAAGCCCACAUACCUCGUGGCCGAAGCCCAGACCUCCCGAAGCUCGUCUCAGAGCAUCCUUCUCGACCCAUCAAUGGCGCAGGAAACCCGGCAACUGGUCACAAGCGCAGCGCAUCCCUUGAUGAAGACAAACCCGUUUCCGAAUGGGAAACUGUAGUCCCAGACGAAGAGUUUGAAAACAGUCCCCCAGUCCCACCUCAACAACUCAGGCGAAGGAAGAAUUUUGAACUCGUCUUCCACGCUCAGGAAAUCUUCGAUUCUAGAUCCAACCAGCAAAAUGGAUUAGCUAAACAAGAAAGGCACACAAUCCUUGCGCCCCCGCGUGCGCUUCCAAAGCCACCUGCCAAGCGGCCGCCAAGAUUUGUUCCUCGCCUACACUCCUUUCAUUCCACGUCCAGUCUUUACAGCGACCUUGACGAGACCGACAAGGCUCCAGAAGGGAAUACGAAAACCGUCCUCGAGGUUGGAGGCCAGAAGAGGCAGCCCCCUCAGCGUCUUCUUGCUCGCCAUCGCCCAGAAAUCCUGAGAUCACUUUCCAAAACGUCAACCAGUACCAAUGGUGACCCAUUUCAGUACGAUGGGGAUCUUUAUUCCGGAUUUCUCCAACCUUCCGCCGAGAAGGAUAAUGUCGACGAAGAGAUCAAGGUUCCAGUCAUCCGAGAGCCAAAGAAAGAGCCCAACCCAGAGCCCGAAUCUUCUCGCCGGCUCACUGGCGGGAUCGCGACUCUGCUUCGACCCCGACCUCAGACGGGCACAGAGGCCGAUUGGCAGACUGUCAUAACCGAACAACCCUUCGAUUCAAUGCAGCAAGAGUUCCAAGACAGUAUUGCAAAGGGGACAGGAAGCAGUCUUGCGGACGUGUCGGAUAUGACGGAACACGAUUAUCCUCGCGAGUAUGGAUCAACGGAUAGAAUCAUCCAGCAUCCUAAAAAAGGUCCUAUGCCAGGCUCGUACCUUCUUCGAAAUGACAAACAGAGGAAUAUCCCGGUACUAGUCCCAAAGUUUGGCUCUGCGGACAGGGAGGCUUUCCCCCAGAAUUCCAUCCGCAAACUUCCACAGCCUCCGGCACGAACCCCGGGAGGUAGUUCUCGUUUCUCGAAUCCGUUUCGCCGGGAUGGUUCCGCCCAGAGGCCCACUCGUGAGAGCAUUCUCCUCGACAUGGAGUCCAGGCGCGACAGUUAUCAAACACUCGAUUCAGACAUCAACCUCCCUGAGCUUCGCGUAGAGGACGCCACUCCCACUCCCAAUUUUGGAAAGAAUGGGAGAUUCAGAUGGUCCCGAAUUAGGGAAAAUCUGGGAAGAGAUCCUCCGAAGACUCCUCUGACAAUCUUCGACCAACCGCUGUACAGGCUUGGAAUCAAAGAAUCGAGCGACCCCAAGAAGGCAUCCCACAUUCCGCAUGACGAAUUUCUGGCAAAGAUCCCACGUCUUCCCUUUCCAUUGAUUAGUUUGCCAGAGGCAGCAAUGUUGCAGCAUUUCCGAAGGGAACGGGGAGAAGAGGAUCACACGAAUACCGCCGGGUCCUUUGCAAGCAGAGGCAGAUCCAACACCAUGAGCACGGCCGAGUCUUCGAUUCUUGCCCAGACACCGUCCCCGACCAGACUUCACUUUUCGAGAGGAUCACCAGGGGAAGGCCUAACCAGACCAGCUCCAGUCCAUCGCACUCACCGCAUAAACGGAGUGCUUCGACGCCGCGAUUCAAGCGAGAGAAUUGCCGACAUGCUGAUAUCAUCAUCAGCCAUCCUGAAUACACCCCCUCCGACUGAACCUCGAACUCCCACGAACGGCGAUUGGUAUAGGGGCCGUCCUCGAGAUCCCACCUCCUACUACACCGGGCUGCCUCGGACCCGUGGAUUCUCCUCAAGCACGAUAGAGAGAAGGGCUAGAAAAUUCCAGGAGGGCUAUGUCCCCAACGAGGGAAGUCUGUUUACCCGAUCCGAGGUGGACCUCAUCGAAUCGGCAAGGGUGGAUAUUCUGUCUCGUCGGCGACUUGCCGACAAGGAAAACAAGGGAGAAAAGAUGAUCUUUGUGGGAAUCAUGAUCUUGACACUCUUCUUCCCGUUCCUUGGACUGCUUGCUCUGUGGGGCAAAUUUGACUCGGCUGUUUCGUGGUAUACUCAUGGCGAAAUGCACUCACUGACCAAGGACCAGAGGGGUACACUGAAGCAACAGCUGUUUGUUGAAGCAGUUGUUUACCCUGUAUUGAUUGUCACUUUGUCUGUCUACUACUCCGUUGGAGUGUAG